AUGGGUAACAUUUGUCGGUAAAGUCCAAUUAAUGAUAAAAAUGAUAUAGAAGUGAACACAUCCUAACCUCCUCCUAUUUAAUAAGUUCAUCCCCCAAAACCUGAUGAGGUGAAGACUCAAGCACCUGAGAAAUAGGAAGAACCAGCAUAAUCAAUUGAUUAAGCAAAAUAAGAGAACGAACCUAAAAGAAAAGAGCAAAAGAAGAUGGGAAAAAUAGCUGCAGUUAUCGAUCAAGAAGUAAUUUAUGAGAAUGUGCAAAAAUAAGAGAAAGUGAAAAGUCCAUUUGAUUUUUAAUUGCUUUUGAAUGCUUUUGGAAAUAGCUUUAUAUUUGGGUAAUUACAACCAGAAGACAAAGUGAAAGUAAUUGAUAAAAUGUUUUAUUGCACAGUUCAUGAUGGUGAAAUGGUUUUUAAAUAGGGAGAUAAGGCAAGUUCAUACUUUCUGAUUGAGCGUGGAUAGUGCUAAAUUAUCAUCAAUAAUGAAUUAAAAAAAACUUUAAAAAGUGGUGAAGCCUUCGGAGAGCUGGCCUUAUUAUAUAAUGCACCAAGAUCCGCUACCGUCAAGGCAGUAGGAGAUUGUGCAUUCUGGGCAAUUGAUAGAAAUACUGUAAGAAAAGCAAUUGAAUCAAUUUCAUAAAAGGAUUAUGAUUAGAAUAAGGAAUUCAUAAAUAAAGUGCCGUUUUUUGAAUCUUUAACUGAUGAUUAAAAAGCAGCAAUUCCAUCAGCAUUAAUAAAUUUAAAUUUUAAAGCUGGAGAGAUUAUAGUUAAUGAAGGAGAUCAGGCUGACUCAUUCUUUAUUAUUAAAAAGGGAGAAAUAUAGAUAUCAAGAGGAGGAAAAGAACUUAGAAUAAUGAGGGCAGGGGAUUCUUUGGGAGAAUAAGCAUUAUAAUAGAAUUCAGUAAGGGGGGCCACUGCAAAAGCAAUUAAAGAGGAUGCGACAGUUUUAGCUUUAGCAAGAGAUGAUUUAACUAGAAUUUUGGGAGACAAGAUACAGUUGAUUAUGUACAGUAAUCUUCAGCGAUGGGCAUUUGAAAGACAUGUUGUGCUUAGCAAACUGACAAAAUUGUAAGUGGAAAGAAUUGUGAGCAAUAUGCAAUAGACGCAAAAAAAAAGUGAAGAAGUAAUCAUAGAGAAAGGUUAAGCUUGUAGAGAGAUAAUUAUUGUCUUGUAAGGGUCAGUAAGGUAUGGAAAGGAAAUUUUAGAGAAGGGAUAAAUGUUUGGAGAUAAAUUUUUAGAUCAAGGAGAAAAUGUUAAAUUGGGAGAGCCAGUUGUAAUGAAGGAUGAAGGAAUGAUAGCAACAAUAACAUUUAAAUAAUUCUUUGAGAUUAUUGGAGGAUCCUUAGAGCAAAUAUUUGCUAAGAAUGAAAAAGCUCAUGAUAGGUUUAUAAAAAAGGAGGAAGGUCAAAAAUAGGAUGUUUUUAAGCAUUUUUAAUUGGAUUAAUUGAUUCAUGUGAAGAAAUUAGGCUAGGGACAAUUUGGUAAUGUUUAUUUGGUGCAUAACAAAAUGGAUAAAAAGAUAUAUGCUUUAAAAUGUAUCUCGAAGGCUCAAAUAAUUGAAUAAAAUCUUGAAAAACAUUUGGCCUAAGAAAAGAUAGCCUUGGAAACUGUUAACUUUCCACUAAUAAUGCACUUUGCUAGAAGUUUCAGGGACACUACUUAUAUAUAUUUCUUGGAAGAAUAUAUCAGAGGAAUGGAACUUUUCGAUGUAAUCAGAGACAUUGGGUUGCUUAAUACUUAUGAUUCUCAAUUCUAUAUCGGAUCUUUGAUUUUGUGCAUGGAAUAUUUACACUUGAAUAACAUCAUAUAUAGGGAUAUUAAACCAGAGAAUAUCAUGAUUGAUGAAAAAGGGUUCAUGAAACUGAUUGAUUUAGGAACAGCUAAGAAUUUAAAGAGUAAAAAUGGUAGAACAUACACUAUUAUCGGAACUCCUCAUUAUAUGGCCCCAGAAAUUUUAACUGGUAAAGGAUACACAUACUCAGUUGAUCUAUGGUCCAUAGGAAUUUGUUUGUAUGAAUUUAUGUGUGGAAAUGUUCCAUAUGCUGAAGAUGCUGAUGACCCUUAUGAAAUAUACGAGGAAAUUUAAAAGAAAUAGUUAACAUUUCCCUCAGUAUUGAAAGAUAGAAAAGCCAAGAAAUUGAUUGAGUAAUUGCUGAGUAAAACUCCAGAGCUCAGACUAGGAUCAUCUUAUGCUAGUUUAAAAAACAACACUUUUUUCGAAAGAUUUGAUUAUGAUCUUCUCAUUAACAGAGAGUUAAAACCUCCUUAUUUGCCACCCAAAAACAAAUUACAUAGUGAAAAAGAUAUAUAAAAAGCUAUCCAGGUUGGUAAAUUGGUUACCGAAGAAAUUAAAAAUGAUCUUGCCACUGCUUAGAAUGUUUACAAGCCUGAAAAAGCUCGUGAUCCUAAUUGGGAUAAGGAUUAUUGA